CCCGGCGUCCCCGGCGCCCCCGUCUCUUUAAAGCGCAGCGCGCACCUCCCUCUCCCCCUCUUUUCUAUUCCUCACCACCACCACCUCCUCCUCCCCGCCACCGACUUCCUCCACCAUGGCCAACCACCAGACACCCGACACCAACCACCUCGCGGCACAGCAGACCCCGCCCUCGCCACCCACGGCGACGGCCACGCCGCCCGAGUUCGACGAGAAGGCGAUCAACGAGAAGCACCUCGACGUCAACAACACCCACAAGGAGCUCGACAACCUCCGUUCCGACAACGAGUCGCUCAUCUCCGACACCACCCUCAUCGCCCAGCGCGAGGGCAUCAAGCCCGCCUUCCUCGCCAAGGUCCAGGUGCUCAACAAUGCGCUCGCAGAGAUUGGAAUGGGUCGAUACCAGUACGAGCUGUUCUUCUCGGGCGGCUUUGGUUGGUUCGCGGACAACAUUUGGCUCCAGGGCGUCGCUAUUGUCAUGCCGGCCGUGGCAAACGAGUUCAAGCCCUACCCCCACGUCCGUCUCGCUACUCUUGCUCUCUACGCUGGUCUGAUCUUUGGUGCUGCCUUCUGGGGCUGCUCGGCUGACAUUGUUGGACGUCGCUUCGCCUGGAACGCGACCCUCGUCAUUGGUGGCGUCUUUGGUCUCUGCGUCGGUGCUGCCCCCAACUUUGUCGUCUUCUGCGUCUUCAUCUCGCUCGUCGGCGUCGGCGUCGGAGGCAACCUCCCCGUCGACGGCACAAUGUUCCUCGAGUUCCUGCCCGGCAACAAGCAGUACCUCCUCACGCUGCUGUCCAUCUGGUGGGCUAUCGGCCAGGUCGUCGCUUCCCUGAUCGCCUGGGGCUUUAUCGCCAAGUACGGCUGUGCCGAGCCUCCCAAGGGCGAGUUCUGCUCCAAGGAGUCCAACAUGGGCUGGCGCUACACCUACUACACGCUCGGCGCCAUGAUGAUCUUCCUCUGGGUCCUCCGCUUCUUCGUGAUGCCCGUCUACGAGUCGCCCAAGUUCCUCGCCUCCAAGGGCAAGGACACCGAGGCCGUCGAGGUCAUCCACAAGAUUGCCAAGCGCAACGGCGUCACCGUCAACCUCACCGUCCAGGACCUCCGCGACGCCGCCGCCCCGUACCUCACCGAGGCUGAGCGCAACGGCGAGGUCGACACCAAGUUCACCGUCUGGGAGCUGUUCAAGAACUCGUUUGACGAGCUCAAGGGCGAGCACGUCAAGGCCCUGUUCGUCAACCGCAAGAUUGCCUUUUCGACCUCGCUCAUCGUCUUCUGCUACGCCACGACCGGUAUCGCCUACCCCCUGUACAUGGCCUUCCUCGGCACCUACUACGCCCAGAAGAAUGCCGAGCUUGGCGUCACCAACAUUGACGAGAUCUACCGCUCCUACACGUACCAGGCUGCAUGCGGUGUGCCCGGCUCGAUUGUCGCUGCGCUCAUGGUCGACUGGUCGCGCACGGGUCGUAAGGUGUCCAUGGCUGCCUUCACAAUGGGCACUGGUAUCUUCCUCUUCGCCCUGACCGCCGCCAAGUCGCUCAAGGCCGUCAACGCCCUCACCUGCAUUGCCGCGUUCAUGGAGAACGGUUUCUACGGUGUGCUGUUCGGCUACGCGCCCGAGCUCUUCCCCACCCCGUCGCGCGGUACGGGUGACGCUCUCUGCGCCACGGCCAUGCGUAUCACGGGUAUCUUUGCGCCAGUGAUUGCUGUCUACUCCAAGGCUGCCCUCACCCCCAACGGCCCCAUCUACGCCUCGGCAGGCAUCUUCUGCGCGACGGCUGUGUGCAUGCUCUUCCUGCCCACAGAGACGCGCGGCAAGACUGCGCUCUAA